AUGAGGCUUUUAAGUUGGAACUGCCAAGGGCUUUGGAACCUUUGGACAAUUCAAAGCCUUCACAAAUUAGUGAGGGAACAAGUUCCUGAUGUAUGCUUCUUAAUGGAAACAAGGUUGGAUCGAAGUGGUUUUGAGAAGCAUUAUGAUGAUGUACCUUUUAAAAAUAAAUUAAUAGUGAAAAAGCCUAAUUCGGGUGGAGGGUUGGCUUUGCUUUGGAAGGAGGAGGUGAUUUUAGAUGUUAUUAAUUUUAUUGAUAACCAUAUUUUGGCUAAGGUGGUGGAGAAGGAUGGUUUUGUAUGGUAUCUCACAGGGUUUUAUGGAUGGCCUGAGGAAAAUGAAAAGCGGAAGUCAUGGGCACUUUUAGCUCAUUUAAAGUCUUUUGUUGAGGGUCCAUGGUGUUGUAUUGGAGAUUUCAAUGCCAUACUUCAUGCAUCGGAAAAACAAAGUGUUCAUGCACCUUAUCAUAAUCAGAUGGAGGAUUUACAGGUUGCUUUGGGGAAUUGUGCAUUGACAGAUUUGGGUUUUACUAGGCAUAAAUUUACUUGGACAAACCAGAGCCAUGCUUCUGAUCAUAUUCCUAUUUCGUUGAGAACUGUGAACGACAAGAGGCUUAGGGGAAGGGGGGUUGGUGGUUUUUGGUUUGAGGAGAGUUGGUUGUUGUGGGAUGAUUGUGAGGGAGUUGUGCAUGAGGCGUGGACAAAAGGUGGGCAGGAUAGUCCUGAUUUAAGGGGUGUUAUGGACCGAAUCCAAUGCUGUGGGGCUGAUUUGAAUGCGUGGGGUUCAUCAAAGACUAAGCCUGAAACUAAGGAAAUUAAAAGAUUAUAA